CUAUUUUGGAAUGACCUACAGCUCAAUGGCUAUGACAAGCUAUACCUUUUGAUGUCAAAGUGGAAACUAACUCGUCUGUUCAACCACUUUUGCUUUGUUGCUGAUGUGACUUCCAUUGAAGACCUGGAGAAUCGAGUGAAAACAAACUUGACAGAAUUGAAGUCUAAAGUGCCAAGCUGGGCAUCAGAGUCAUCAUUCAGCCAUGAUAUAGAAGAAAUAGAAAAAAUGAUCAAAGAUUCCAAGACUGUGAAAUUUGAAGACUUACCAUAUAUUCUGGUAAGUUAUUUUGCAGUUUGGGACACUAUAGAAUUAUUAAUUGAAUUACCGUAAACAGUCAUGGGUAAGCUGCAGGGCUGUCACUUAGAUUUCAAGUUGCCAGGGUAGUCCAACAAGUGGGUGGGAAUCAAACAGCUAGUGAUUUAUUUUGGUUCUAUUUUUCUUCUAUUUUCCUAUGAAAGUAGCCGGGGUCCACAUUCAUGGGGAAUCUUUGCCCCCUGGCUCUUAAUGACAGCCCUGAAGCUGCACCCCAACUUUCAUCCUAUAGAUUUUUUAAAAGAUUGAAAUUCAGAAAAGUACUGAGGUUUGCUAUUUUUCUGGUACUGGCGAUGUGAGGAAAAAAGUGGUAACUGAUGAAAGGCUGGACAUGUUUAUGGGAGAUGUGUGGAAGCCAUCAAUCAGAGAAAGGCUUAUUGCUAAACAAGAGUUCAACAAUUCUCUUGAUAAUUUUGCAUGCCAGUGUGGAAAUUAUAGUCAGUUGUAAGUGAGAGAGGUGGUCGUCAUGGGGAGAACAUUCAACUUCCCCCUAGCUUAUUGGCCACCUCUUUACAACUCACUGUUAAAGUAUUGGUAAUUGGCUGAGAUUUCAUAAUUGAUCAUGAGAAAUAAUCAGAUUGACCCAACUGAUUGAUCAUUGACUAUAAUCAGAACAAUUUUCAUUAAUAUGAUUAUUAUUCCUUUUAUUUUUCACUUACUUUGUUUGCAAGUCAAAAUACUAUAUACUUUUGAGUUUUUGGAUGAUAGAUUUCCUUUAUUAAUGGCAACCAUUUUGAGAGUGAAUCAAAAUCUUACAAGCCAAUAAAGGGAAUUACAUGUAAGCACAGCCAUUGUGUGAUGUUUUAGAACAUGACAAGAACAUAUAAGAUGUAUCAAAGAAGGGUUAUCAAUGGAUUAUCUGCAUUACAAGUCCAUUAAAAAUAGAACACCUUAAUAUUUUAAAACUGUUAAAAUUAUUAAAAUAUUAUAUUUUUAUUUACUUAAGAAAAUUAGGUACAACUGUCGUACCAUGUUUUAGAACAUGACAAAAACCUAUGAAAUGUAUCAGAGAAGGAAAGUCAGUGGAUUAUAUCUGCUGCAUUUUGAGUCCUUUUUAAAUAGAACACCUUAGUUUUUUAAAACUGCAGUCAAACCUCCAUGUGUGACCACCUCCCAUAAGCGACCACCUACAGAUGUAUCCAAAACACCAAGUUUUUUUCCGAGCUGGAACCUCUCAUAAAUGACCACCUCUUGUAAGCAACUGCAACCACAUUUUCGGGCUGACGGUUUAUUGAUUUUUCAUUGUUUUUAACCUCUUGUGAGCAACCACUUGAUGCAUGGUCUACUGAUCUCUACAUGUAUGUUCAAUGUAUGUACUACAUGUAUGUAUUAUGCUACUUAGAGUAUAAGAAGAACUUUUAGUGACAACAUGGAAGUACAUAUAACAUCACAACUUAACAAUAAUUGCCUGCAACUGAUUAUCUUCCAUGUAGUAGAUGUGUCUGGGCCGCUUUUCGGAAGAGACUCCCUGUGGUUCCAUUCUCAUAAGCGAGCACCUCUCAUAUGCGACAACUAUUAAUCUUCGCAUUUUUUUGUGAUCAUUUAAUUUAUGGGAGGUUCAUUUGUAUUAAUAGUGCAAUAUUAAUUAUUAAUAUAAGUUAAUAAGUAUUAAUUAGUAAGUAUGAAUAAUUAUUAUUUGGGCAUUGCCCAAAUAGAGUAAUUGAGAUCGCUUGUUUUGAUUCAAAGUGGCAAUGGGCACGCAAAACGUGUGAAUGUAAACAAGGUAAGUGACGUGAAUGUUUGCCACAUGAAUGACUCGUACAAUAAGGUAAAAGGCAUGCCAGAAAGAAAGCUUUGCUAAAAGGGUGCUUGAGCCCACUUUUACGAUCUCAAAAACCCUGCAACAAAGAAACACAACUCCUAACAGUGCAGGGACAAAGAAAUUAAAAGAGAUAAACAUGUUAAAGCAACUCAGGGAUAAUAAUAAUAAAAACAGAUAUCGGCUGACAGUAUUUUUAUCUCACCCUGAAGCCGGGUGAUUUUCUGAAAUUUGAAGGAAAAUCUGUUGAAAAUAAUUGGAAUUGACGGGUUUGGCUUAUAGCCAACAGUUUGACAAUAUUUUUGCCCUCAAUUGUUGAGAGCCAAAGAAAAUGUCAUGCAAAAUUCAGUGAUGAUGCAUGAGAUAAAUUAGGAAUUGUUUCAAUGAGGGGAAUGACAUGCAAUGAGUGGCAACAUAUUAAGUAUCUUGGCAGUAUGAUAAUUUUAUUGGAACUAAUUAAUGUUAGCCUAUUAAUCUUAACAGUUGAAUGAUGCAUAAUUUCAUAUAUUGCAGAUGUUCGAAAAGGAGGUGAUUUUUAAAAUUUCAUGGAGCAAAAUGUUCUCGUUAAAAAGUUGCAUUCUUUCACGUUCAAACUGUAAAAAUGGCAAAGUCCAACACCUUCACAUGCAAACUGCCUGUGUGACAGUUAUUUUUAAAACCCUUUGGUUAAUUAGAUUAAGUCGUAUUCUCUCAUACACGAACCCCGAAAGCACCAAAUUCCAAAGCCUUCACUUGCAACUGCAUGGCAAUACAACUCACAGUAAGGGCCUAAUUGCAUCAGCCAGGCUUUCGGGCUGGCUAGCUCUGCCGAGGUGCUUUUAUCUCGGUAUUACAUGGAGCUAGCCAGCCCGGAGCUACCAUUUUUAUAUAGAGUCUGGAAGCAGUGCGAAUGAGCAGUGUGUUACCCACUGUCCUGUUCUCGCCUGGUUCAUUUGCCGGGCUGUCUAGUAAGCGUGAUUACAUGGAAAAUUUCCAGCCAGGAUCCCGGCAUUUCAAUACUGGGGUCCCAGCUAACCUGGCUGGCUCGGUUGUCAAGUAAUCGCAAAGUUGAUUUUUGUUGUGUUUAUGACUAAGGUGCUGCGAUCUCUGCAAAGCAAGCUGGUGCGGGUCAUGUAAUCUGGCCCUUAGUUUUAUAGCCAGAUUUUGUUUUCUCCCCCUUGACCUCACCGAUUUUUCAAAGCCUCCCGAAACGGCACACCCAAAAUUUCAGCCCCCCUCCAAACAUCUUCUUACCCCCUUCUCCAUAUUAAUAAAAUGUUCAAUGAGUGUCUUGACAUCUGAUAUAAACACGGCUAAAAUUCACAUGCAAAUUUUUAGACCAUUUGUGCGGUGUGCAGUUUCAUUAAAGUGUUGAUUUAUAUGAGAAAGACUGAGUGGCUGCUGAGUGGUAGUUUACAAGAGCUUAAAAACAAAAGAAAAGUCUGGUUGGGUAAUCCCAAAAGUGGUCGUGAUCACUUAUGGGAGCCUUUGCUUACAAGAGCUUUUCAUUACAAGGUUUAAGUCACAGUUCAAUAGGGGUAUCACAAAUAAGGUCGUAACUAGAGCUGGCUGCUGUACAACUGUACAUAUAAAAGACUUCACAUACCCCUAGUGCAAUGAUGCCCAAAUACAUGCUCCCACAGCGUCUUGUUUCAUUGUGUUUAUGUGCUCUUGAGUGAUUACUACUCCCUGUUGUUGUCGUGGAGAUGAUGAGUGAAUGCAUGACUAUCUGCCUGGAUAAAAAUGUGGCCUUUUGGGAGAGGUUGCAGUCAGUAGGGUUGCCUUUAUUGCUAUUCAUGGGAGUUUCAAUCUUUAACAGUUCUUCAAAAGUCUGGCAGGCCUUUGAUUUUGCAACCUCUAACAAAGGAGACUAGCAUAGUGCACCCACUGAACUUAUUGGUUGGCAAAUAUAGAAUGCUUCGCUUUGUUUCAACUAAAUACAUGUGUGUUAACUUAAUCAAACAAUUUUAAUUAUGCAAUGGUAUUUAAAACUGACUACAACACUGUAAUUUUGUGGAUCUUUUCAGAAAAUUCAAAAGAACACAUACAAAGAGCAGUUGGAAGAUGGUGGAGUUCACAUAAUACCAAAAGAUCACAUUUCUUUACAAAGCAAAAUUGCCCUUGGAAAGCCAUAUUCUGGUGAUGUGUAUAAUGCUCAAUGGACUCAAGAUGAUAAUACUAAGGUUGUUUGUGAAGGAAUUUUUUCUCUUUUUAUUACAUCACACCUUUACAUGACUAUGCUCAGUGAUUUUUCCUUUGGUUUAAAGUUACCUAUGUUUUUGUUAAGCUAAUUCAAAGGACACAGAACAAAGAAAGUCAAUAUGCAAAAUACAGGCUUCUUCAAUUGCAAUCAAUCUAGACAUGCUACAUGUACUGGUAUGCUCAAAGGGGGGAAUUUCAUAUAUCCCAUGAUGCAUCGCUUCAUACUAUAUUAUCAAGCUUCUGAAUGCACGUGAUCCUAUCAGUUCAACAGGGAUGCAACAGUUGAACAACGGUGGACAGCGACUUGUUUUUGCCAAUAAAACCUUCUGUACCUUUGCUGUGUCAAUCCACUUACGAUUUUCGUUCUACUAUUCCAAAUAUAUCUCUUGUGAAGUCAAAGAGAGUGUUUUGGCCGCUGAUUAUUCAACUGAGCCUUACGAUCGCAAGGCAGUCCACGCAAAUGUUUUUAGAAGCUAGCGAGGAAGGUCUUUGCUUCUGUACGUCCUGUAUUAACGUGCGUUGAUAAAGCCCUCCAUCGAUUAACAAGCAAAUUUCCACGUACUUGUCUUGAAAUAAAUACAUAUUCUAGGUGUGAGAUUUCCCACUGUUGCUUGUUUGUGAUCGCAGUGCUCAUAUUGUCAGUUCAAUAAUUCAUCGAUGCAGUACAUCAACCGUUUGUUGAUCGCACAUGCUUUUUAUACUUCAACAAGCUCGGCUUAUGCUGCUUAUGCAGUCGAAAAUAGCGAGAUCGUUAAAGUUCAAAGUGACAUCUAUCAGAGAUAAAAUUCAAAGGAAGGGAAUAGCUCCAACAAACAAUAAAAAUAACAAAAGCAUCUCUACAUUUUUCGUAACACAACACCAGCUAAGCAUUUGUCAAACAUAAACAGAAAAAAGCUUUAUUAAGAAAUACAAAACCACCCACUUCUUCUUUACAAUGGAUCCUAAAAGAAUUAUCGAAAUGUUUUUAAAGGUCUUAUACGCCGGUUGAGGUCCUACGGCAUGCUGUUCCAUGCCAUUUUUCAAGUUUCCCUCGCGCGGUUGCGACCGGAAGCCACCAUGAGAAACCAAUUUUACCUAAAAUAAUGAGACAAAAAAGCUUUAUAAUAAUACAAACCAUUGAAUUUAAACACUCAUCAUAACCUAAUGGGAAAUUUUGUGUUUUGAUCAGCGAAAAACGGAACGAAUUCACGAAAAAAUGUUCCAUCUUCGCAGGACUUAGCAUAAAGAAAUUGAAACCUUCGCCUUGCAUCUUAGCGGAGAAAGGGCAGAAAAUGCGAUAUUUCAAAACGAUCAAACCCAUAAAAAUCGCGAGGUCGAAAGAGGUCGGAGCGUGGAACUAGUAUCAAGCACCCCUUGCCUGCCGAUUUAAAUAAUUUAUUAGAGUAAAACCUUUCUAGAAUAAAGACAGUUUUUGAAAGUUGAAAGUCAUCUAAAUGAAUAUUCACUUGCGAGUUAAAACAGCAUGGCUUAACAGGGUCUUAAACGAGAGCAAUAAUGUGAAAUGACCUUGGAAACAUUUUACAUUAUCAAUCAGAUGCCAAAGAUUAACAGGGCUCAUUGAAACUUACCUUGGAUGAGCUGCAUCUUGAAAUUCUGGUCGUUAAAACUCUCCCUCAAAACUCUCGAACGCUCUUUCCACCGCGGAGAAAGGACAGAAAUUAGCCGCAAAGCAUCAUGGAAUAUAUGAAAUUCCCCCCUUUGGUAUGCUCUAUCCAGUGUAAAAAAGUGCAUAUUCCAGAACCUUUUUUUCCUCUUUUCAUUAUCUCAAAGUAUGAAAAUCCUACUUUAGAAAAUGAGCAAGUGGUCAGCACUCUAUCUACCACCUUUUCUCAAGAUCUGCUCUUUGUUCAUGUAAUAUGUUAUAUUUUUACAGAUUGAUGUUGUUCUGCGAUGUGACCUUGGUCCAACACACCGUGAAUUGUUUGUAAGAGAAGCCAAAAUAAUGAGUGGCCUUGACCAUGAGUACAUAAUGAAAUUCUAUGGAGCUGUGAUUCUUGGCCCCUAUGCACAUUCUGUUGGACUGGUAAGUAACCAAUAUUUUAUGUCAGUCUGUUUUACUUUACUAUUCCCCUUUUAACUCCCACAAAUGAUUCAAUUCAAAAUUCUUGAAGAAAUUCAUCAGGCUAGUGAAGUUAAUAUCGAUUUAGAUGUUCUCAAAACAUAGCCAGUCUUAACGUCUUAAUGAUCCUGACAGUUUUGAUGACUGUCAGCCAUCUUUAUCAAAACUUGGAAAACAUUAAAAGUGUCAGAAGUGGCUUCUGAAGGUGUUAAUUAUUGCGAUAAAUGCUCAAAGUCACUCUGUAGAUGCCCCCUUCCCCCCUGGUUUGGGGGUGGAGAUCACUUGUGUCCAUAUGGGAGAAAGCUGAUAGGCUCCCUUGUUCCUGUUCAUAGUAGGAGUGUUCGAUCUAAUACAUAUGCUUUCCUUGAUCCAUCGCUUAAACUUGUUGCUUUCCUGCUCAACUAUUUGAGUUGCUUCCCAAUUCAUGAUAUGAUUGUUCUGACAGACGGGGUCUGUUAUUGCUAAUUUAUGGUGCUCAUUGGUAGAAGCUCUGCAGGUGGAUCUUGUGAAAUUUUUGUCAGAGAUCUUUUCUACUUCUUUUCUGUGUUCUGUGAUCCUGUUUCCCAGCUGUCUCCCUGUUUCACCGAUAUAUACCUUUUUGCAUUGGCUGCAUGGAAUUUUGUACACCACUCCAACCUUUUUUUGCUUCCCAUCUUUGUCCUUUGUCCAAAGUCACUUUUUGGGUUUUCUGAUGGGCAGACAAGAUCUACAUGUACAUGUUAUGUAGCCAUACCAUGAUGAGAGAUCUAACUGAUAUAUACAUUCCAGUAUUGUAUUAAACUACAUUAAUUUUGUAAAAUGCCUAAUUUUUAAAGUGCUGUUCAAGAGGUUGUUUUUUCAUCACAUGGCCAGUUUUUAUCAACAGGCUCAAAGUAAGAACUUCAAAGAAUGUCUUCAAAAAUAAUUAGCAUGGAUCAUGGGGCUGAAAGCAGCCCAUGUGCAACUCACUCUUAUUUUGUGCAUGCAAAGGUAUCCUAAUAGAAAUGAUAAUGUUGUGUUGUCCUCUCCUUUUUGUCCAUCAGGUAGUUGAAGUAUUCAGUAAUGGAAACCUGGAGGAGUUUCCUGUUCCAUCAUUCUUUCAUGCCUGGCUUUAUGCCUCACAGCUUUCAUCAGCACUAGAAUACCUAGAAGCAAAGAACAUAUUACAUUCAUCUGUCAUAGGACCUUUUGUGUACAUCUCUUCACCUGAAAAGGUAGAUAAAGUGCACAACAAACAAUAUAUGGGAUACAAGACUUUUGAUACAUUGUGACUGGUUCCCUUUGCUUGAGACUGACUGUUUAUCAUUUUUUUUUGUUUGCAGGUGAAACUUGGUGGUUUUAUGUGUUGUUAUUAUAAGGGGAAAACAGACAGAGAAAGUGUGUAAGUUUGAACAAUUUGUGAACCCAGACUGGCCUUAAACUGCUAGCUUAAGUGCAGCCUAUAAAUGUAUUUAAGGAGGAGGUAUGCAGCAGGAUUGCAGAAAAGCAGCUCAUGCUCAUUUGCAUCUCAGUAAAAUAAGCAAAGAAUAACAAAACAGCACUUUUGUUUGUUUUUUAUCCUUCGUUUUUUAAGAACUGAAUUUAAUUUUCCGCAAUCCCACACCCUAAUGACAAUAUCUAAAUUCUGUGACAACAAUACAAUGGAACCCUGUAUGGUCACCAAUGGGUCAAAAAAUUUUGCCCGCAUAGUGUUAUUUGGCCAGGCUCAAAUUUCAUGACUUGAGGGCCGUAAUGACAAGUGCACCGUACAUCGCAUUCGCAUUUCAUGAACAACUGUUCGCAUUAAUAAACAACCAGAAUGAAGAUAUCACGUACAGUAAUUGAAAAAACGACUUAAAAUUUUCUUUCAGUAAAUAAAACACUUUGAAAAUUCAGCUAUAAAUCGCAACAAGUGUACUUGAUGUACUGUAGUCUAAAAACUGAAAAAUAGUUGCAGAGUUCUAAACUAUUUGGAACAAGUGGCCGUAAUUAACGGGGUGAAAUUAUAAGAGAUUCUUCUGUUUGGGAUUUUAAAAUGUGGCCGUUGGCCCUAUUAACGGGCGAGUGCAUUAAUGGUUUUUUUUUUUGUAAGGAGAUGUAUGGCUGUUUUGCAGGGCAAAAAAAAGUGGCCGUAAUAACAAGGUGACCAUAAGGCGGGGUUCCACUGUAAUUUGUCUCAUAAAGACAAAACAAAAAAGAGGCAAAUGUUGAAAAACUGUUAGACUGGACAGUUCUCAAAUAUUUCCAUCUAUGCCUUCUUUUGUAUUUGCUGCAUUUAUUUACUUCGUUCAAUGUUCUAGGUGGUUAUAUUAUGUUUCACUUUAUAAUGUGAGCCUCUGUUUGGGUAUUUCCAAGGAAAUCAAAGUUAAGACAAUCGUCAUUGAUGAAGCAAGGAUCAAUGCCAUUUCAAUCAAGUUUGACAAUGUAUAUCGUGAAAGUGUGCUGCAAUUUCAGAAUUUUUGUUUUGCUUGUUUUCUUGUUUCCGUCACUGUUAUGGUUAUGCUGGGCUUGCUAGUACCCUUACUUUGCAAAAUAAUUUUUGGUAUGCAACAGUCCCCUGAAAAACUGAUGAUUUGAUGGAAAAUGAAUGACAAAAUCGAUGACCGCAGAUACCCAUACAGAGUCCUUAAGGAGGUCAGUUGUCAUUGUCUGAAUUUGGCUAAAAUCUGUCCCCUGAUUACUAGAAAAAAAUUGAAAUCAAACUAUAAUUUAAAUAUACUAUUGGUCUGCUUUAUAGGCCAGGGUAUCACAGGGAAUGGCUCUUGAGAUCAGCCUUAACUGGAGAUCAAGAGAAGAAUUUAGAUGAACUUUCAGUCGAGAAAGUCAUGGUUAUGUUUGCACAAGUUGUUGAUAAAAUGUUCAGAUACCUGACUUCUCACCUUUCAGCAGAACUACUGGAUCUUUUUUCUGUAAGUAGCCACUUAAAAUAGCAGUGAGUAUUAUAAAAUAAGUUAGGAUAGCUCUUAAUUUUAAGGUAUGAUCCCACCUUCACCACUGACUUUGUGCGGAAUGCGCUAGUGUUUGUAGCUUUAAUUGUAAUACCUACAAACCGUAAAUUUUCUGAAAGCUUUGUAGUUCAAGAUUCAGCUUAUUUCUUUUGAAAGUCCAAAAUACGAACACAUUUCAGAAAUGACAAGCUUUUUGCAACUGUAAAUGUCUCCGUAAAUUUAAGUCCAGGCCAGCCAAAAAUAAACAGAAGAAACUAUUUAGGAUCGCAUUCACUUGUUGACACAUCUGAUUAAAAACUAACCGACAAAUUUUUGUGAAGUGCAUUUGUUCUUUUGUUUUAAGCAGGUAAAGUUAGGGAUAACAACUCAUUUGUAUUACCUGUGGAAAAAAUACUGUAACUAAAAAAUGAAAAAAAAGAAAUCAAAAUUUGCAGACACUGUUUUUUAGAAUAACUACCUGGCAGUAAGCUGGCCAAAUUUCAGCCGAUUGUAGUUUAAAAAGUACACUCAACUUGGCGUUAUUUUCAUUUCAAGAUAACAAGGAAAAUAGCAUUUUUGCAGCAUCUUGCCUGUAAUGAGAUCAUAAAAGAUUAUUAUUCAUUCAAAAUAUUUCUCCAUUUCUGAUUGGCUGAAAUCCCACGCUGAAUUCAUCAUAACCAGCUAAUGUUCACGAAAUUUGGAAGAAUUUUGUAAGAUGUGAAAAAUCGUGUCAAUUGUGAGGCAAAAUUGCCAGAUUAUUGAACAGUUAACCAAGGAGACCUGGAGACGAGGUUGAGUUGUUUUGGUAGGCAGUACAAAAUGGUGGAACAUUUCACUUGUUCCAUGAGGAAGAAAUAGGUGAACUAUUGGCAUAAGCAUAGCAAGAACAAAAAGAAGACGACUCGACAGAUGACAUCUGCUAUUUGGAGAGUAUUUGCAGACUGAACAACCCUUUAUCUCUUAAACUUGCCAAUAAACAGUUAAUUGAAGAUGAACUUAACAUUGAUGGAGGUAAGCAUGUGUUAGCUUGUUUUUAAACUGGGAAUUGUUUAAUAAUAAACUAAUUAUUGAAUUCAGCUAUUGUAUCAUCAGAUUCUGUGUGGGGUGGCUCGGACACGAAUGUUUUAAAAUUUAACAUGUCUUUUAAGGCUGCUGCCUAACCACUAAAGUGCGGGAUUACAGAAUAUCAAAAUAUCAUUAUCUAUAGGUUUUGAUAUUUUGAUAUUAUAGUAAUGAUUGAUAUUAUGAUAUUCUGCAAUAUCGCACCUCACGCUGCCUAAUGGCGCCCAGUCACCAUCAGCGCCUAUGAAUUGCUCACGAGCGACUACAGUUUUAAGCAAGGCUAAAACUUAUGAUGCAAUAGCCUCUAUGCCUACUUCCAAUCAACCAACGACAAAAUUCCCUCCUCAUUCUGCGGUUUUGAAAUGAAAGCAUAUUAAGCCUGUGGUUGUCGACCGUAGGUAAAAAACUUCUGCUGAUGUAGGUCAACAAAUAAGCACUUGGCUUUAAAUUCACUUCAGUGACUUCUGCUCCCGGGGCUUCCACUGUGUGCAGUUGAAGUUUCCUGUUUGAAAAUGAUCUUCAAUGAAAUAAAUAGUCUAACAAAAACUUUCGGUAUCAAAAUCAGGUCCAUUCUUGAAAUACAAGUAAGUGAAAAUAAAAUCUCCGGCACCCUGCUACUAUAUGGUAUAUAUGCCAUAAUAAAUUUGAAGGAUAUCGAUAAAUGGUCUCUUAGAAAUGUGGCUGGGUCUCCUGUAGAUUUGCCCUUCUGGGAAAGGGAUAUUGCUGCAUUUUUUAUUUGAUGUGUUGAGGUUUUAAACUACAAAUAAUCUUCUUUGUAGCAUGACAUGAAGUCCCCUAUGGUGUGUCCUAGUGGUAUUACUUCUCUUAUGGAGCAAUGCUUGUCUGCAGAUGUUCACAACAGACCAGCUUUUCAAGAAAUUAGUAAAGUCCUUGCUAAGGUGUGGUAUUAAAUGAACAGUUUUCAUUUAGACACGAUGUCAUAUAUUUGAUCACUGUAUGGACAGAGUGUUUUAACGGGAACUAGAGCACUCUCAGAAUCACUACAUACAGGAACUUAGUGGCUGAUUUUUUUAUGUAACAAGAUUGGUUAUAUGGAGCAGUGACUUCACAGUUGCUGCCAUUUCUAUCUUUGUGGAAAGAACUGGGUUGUUUGUUGUUUGGAAUAUAUAUGACAGCUGAAAGAUAUUGUGGUAAAGCGAAUGUGAUGCAUUUUCGAAACAACUAUAGAACAAGAAUACCCAAGAAAACGCAGUAUGAGUUGAAGAUUUUCAGGAAAUUUGUCAAAGAUGUAGCAAAAAAAUGUAGUCAGAUAUUACUCCCUUGGAAGUGAGUGAGAAACACUCCCUGUCCGUAAUGACAGGGAAUUAUACAAAGUACAAGGUAUUUUGAAAUUUUGUAUAAAGCUCAGCAUUUUUAAGAAUAGCACUAUCUCUAGUAAAAACAAAAGCUUUUCAAUCUCUCCUGUGCUCACUUAUGAUGACAUAUUUUUCUUGUUUAGAUUUAUACAUACAUAAAAAUGAUAUUCACAGAGAAUAAAACUCACUGUGUUCUUUGUACGAAAGGCGUGAAUUUGAACUGGAUUCUAUGGAUUUCCGUGUUGUCUCACAACACCAAAACAAGAUGCGUGGAAGUCCAUGGAAUAUGUGUGAACAUCUUCAUUAUGAAAAGUUGGAAAAUAGAAUUAUACACCCAAAAGUUGAUGUUUCUAUUCAGUCUAAAUUAACAUUGACUUAACUGCCCUUUGCAGGAAAAACCAGUGAAAUGUUGUUUCACAGUGGAUAUAAAUGACACCAGCCCUUGUCAGUUAAAAUACAAGAAGGGUGAAAUGGUCUGGGUUAUUUCUCAAGACACAGCAAGGUACAUUAAAUAAGUUUUUAAAUCGGGAUCUCAAAAUGUAACAAAGGGUUUACUGUACUAUUAUUGAUACUAAAUUAAUAGAUAAAUAAAAUUAAUCUGACGUACAUGUGUUUUUGUAGAUAUAACGGCAUGUGGUUUGGUCAAAAAGAAGAUGGAAUGACGGGAUGUUUUGAAAGGGAAAAAGCCGUUAAAAUUGAUGAUGAUGAUAGAGGUAAUUAA